AUGCAAGACUGGAAUUACGUGAGUUUUGACGAUAAAAUGUUAUUGCCAACCCGGAUUAUAGGCAACUUUGCUCUGAAUUAUCUUGUGUCCCAUUCGCCAUUGGAGUCUUUUGUGCAACAAACACUGGUCGUACUCGUUUGCAGACUCACGAAGCUGGGCUGGUUCGAUUCAGUUGAAAAGGGUCCGGAAUGGCCUUUUCGUGAUCUUAUGGAUUCGGCAAAUAAAUGCAUUCAGUCGGGUCAGCUUAGUGGAGUACUACUCGGUGUCCAACUGAUGUCAAACCUGGUGGAUGAGAUAUCUCAAACAAGCGACUCGGACCAUACUCGUGCCGUCUUCUUCCUUCGUAAAAUGUCCAUGUCCUUUAGGGAUACCCUUCUUUUUCCUAUUUUUCAACUUGGACUUAAUCUGCUCCAAGAGACCGACCAGAAUCUGAAAACCUUCAAUGCCUCGGAUCCCAGUCAGAUAUUAACUGCGUCCUUUUUGUGUGUCCAAUGGCAGACGGCGAUCGUCCAGCACAGCCUGCGUCUUGCCCUCUCCUGCCUCAGCUACGAUUUCCUGGGCACUUCUGUCGGUUCAGCACCGGGCGCGUGUGACGAUAUGAUCUCCGCCACUGGCGACGAUCUGAUGACUGUUCAGCUGCCGACUGCCUGGCGGCCUGUCUUUCUAGAGUGCUCCACCGUCCAACUCUUUUUUCGGCUCUUUGCUGGUCUGCCUAGCCAGCUACGGCCCUUGACCAUAUCCUGUCUGGUGCAAAUGGCAAGCAUCCGACGUUCGCUUUUUAGCAACGCUGAACGUCAAUCCUUUUUGACCUCGCUCAUGACUGGCGCGCUUGGCGUUCUGCGAGACCACGCAGAUCUUCUUCGUGAACCACUCACCUACCACGAGUUCUGUCGUUUCCUUUCCCGCAUAAAGUGCAAUUUUCAGCUGAGUGAACUAAUGCAGGUGGACGGCUACGCCGAUUUUUUGCGCCUGGUUGCCGAAUUCACCGUCCACAGCCUUCGUAACUCGUCCAACGUCAACAGUCUGCACUACCUGUUGGUGCUCUGGCAGCGACUGGUGGCCAGUAUCCCCUAUGUGCGUUCGGCCGACCCCUACCUGGUGGACACCUACGCGCCUCAGGUGGCCUGUGCCUUCGUACAGUAUCGCCUGGAUGAGGUGCCCACCUACGCAGAACAGGCCUUU